AUGCCGAGUUUAGAUCCAAAAGUGGCCGUCCACCAUUUGGCUAUUAAAAAGGGAGUUCGACCUGUGAAGCAAGCACAAUGGCGAUUUAGACCCGAUUUGAUUCCGUUGAUCGAAAUUGAAGUCAAUAAACUCAUUGAAGCCAGAGAUCUUAACAAUGCUUGUCCUAAAGAUGGCUUUCCUUUAUCGAUGACUGAACUCAUGAUUGAUGCAACUACUGGGCAUGAAGUUCUGUCGUUUAUAGAUGUCUCUUCUAGAUAUAAUCAAAUUCGAUUGGCACCUAAGGAUGAGGAGCUCACUGCAUUUCGUACUCCUAAGAGUAUUUAUUGUUAUAAAGUAAUGCCCUUUGGUCUCAAAAAUGCUGGAGCCACAUAUCAAAGAGCAAUGCAAAGUAUCUUUGAUGACAUGCUUCAUAAAAAUAUUGAGUGUUAUGUGAAUGAUUUAGUUGUUAAAUCAAAGAAAAGAAGUAAUCACUUGGAGGACUUGAGACAAGUAUUUGAUCGGUUGAGAAGGUAUCAACUCAAAAUGAACCCUCUCAAGUGUGCAUUUGGAGUCACGUCGGGAAAAUUUCUUGGUUUUGUGGUUCGCCAUCGGAGUAUUGAAAUUGAUCAGGCCAAAAUUGAUGCUAUAUUGAGGAUGCCUGAACCUCGUGACAUUCAUGAAUUGAAAAGUUUUCAAGGGCGAUUGGCUUAUCUGCGGAGAUUUAUCUCAAAUUUAGCAGGAAGGUGUCAACCAUUUAGUUGCUUGAUGAAGAAAGACGUGUCAUUUCAAUGGGCUGAGGCAUGUAGUAAUGCAUUCAAUAGCAUUAAGUCUUAUCUUAUGAAAGCACCUGUUUUGGCUGCACUUAUACAUGGAAAGCCAUUACUUCUUUAUAUUACUGCCCAAGAACGCUCAGUGGGGGCAUUGCUUGCACAAGAAAAUAAUGAAGGAAAAGAAAAAUUAAAACACUACUUUCAAGCACAUAGCGUGAGGCUCAUUUCCAGGGCGAAUCCCAUAAAAUAUGUGACGAGCAGACCAGUACUAUCCGACCGUCUAGUUAGAUGGUAUCUUCAACUACAGCAGUUUGAAAUUAUUUAUGUGCCUCAAAAGGCUGUGAAAGGACAAGUUUUGGCAGAUUUUCUUGCUGAUCACCCGAUACCUGCUGAAUGGGAGUUAAGUGAUGACCUACCAGAUAAGGAUGUACUUCUUGUUGAGAUUCGCCCACCAUGGAAGAUGUAUUUUGAUGGUGCGGCUCAUCGUCAUAGGGUUGGAUUGGGGAUUGUAUUUGUGACUCCUGAUGGAGGGAUAAUGUUAUACUCUUUUACCCUAAAUCAACAUUGUUCAAACAAUGUCGCUGAGUACCAAACUCUCAUACUCGGACUUGAAAUAGCUGUCGACAUGGAACAGUUGGACAUUCAAAUCUAUGGUAAUUCUCAAUUAGUGGUUAACCAACUUUUGGAAAGUUAUAAAGUCAAAAAGUCCGAAUUAAUUCCGUAUCACAAAGACGCAACGCGACUUAUGAGGCGGCUUGGAGGUGCAAGUAUUAAGCAUGUUCCUAGAAGGAAAAAUAAGCAAGCUGAUGCAUUAGCUGCGCUAGCCUCUUCACUUACCAUGCCGAAUCAUGAGAUACAAGUUCGUGUAUGUCAAAAGUGGGUAGUUCUAUCACUAAUUGAUGAUGAAGAUAUUGAAGGAAGCAAUGCUCAUGUGGUCUCAACCUAUGAAAUUGACAAAGAAGAUUGGAGACAACCCCUCGUUAAUUAUCUCAAGUAUCAAAAAUUACCUGAGGAGCAACGUAGGAGAACUGACAUCCGUCGUCGUGCCCCUCGUUUUAUCUUGUACAAGGAUACGCUGUACCGAAAAUCAUUUGAAGGUGUACUGUUGCACUGUUUGAGCGAAGACGAGGCAUAUCGGGCGAUGCACGAGGCACAUUCUGGAAUAUGUGGAACUCAUCAAUCCGGCCCCAAGUUACAUUUUCGAAUUAAAAGGAUGGGCUACUAUUGGCCUACUAUGGUCAAAGAUUGCAUAGAAUAUGCUCAAAGAUGUCAACCUUGCCAGUUUCAUACAAAUUACAUUCAUCAACCACCUGAGCCGUUACACCCGACCGUUGCUUCUUGA